AUGCGGGAUGCGGGAUGCGGGAUGCGGGAUGCGGACGCGGCUACUGGCCCUCUCCCCCACCGGCUUCCACCUGGGCCGGCCCGGCGGGCGCUGCCCUCAGCCCCCAGCCCGGCGGUCUUCCGCCAGACUGGCCCCAAGAUUCCGGCGCCGUGGUUUCCUCCUGGGGCCCAGGCCCUGCAGGGAGGCAGGCAGGCAGGCAAGGGGCCUCGGGAGCUCUUCACAGCGCCCUCAUUUGGGGAAAGUCGUCCUCAGGGCAGCUGGGGACUUCCGCCUGAGACAAGAUGGCGGAUCCAGGGAGGACCCAGAAGCUGGCAACGGGAAGAAAUCGGCCGAACUGCCUCAGGCCCUCGGCUCUCCCCAGGGGCCUGGCUGGCCAAGCUAGAAGGGAAGGAUCGGGAGGCCAACCCAGGCAGAGACGAGAGGGCUGCCCGGCCCUGCAGGCCCCUGACCUGGCUGUGCUCUCUCUCCCUGCCAGGGUGCUGUGUGGAACUGCUGCUGCUGCUGCUGGCCGGGGAGCUGCCCCUGGGCGGCGGCUGCCCGCGGGACUGCGUGUGCUACCCUGCACCCAUGACGGUCAGCUGCCAGGCGCACAACUUCGCCGCCAUCCCCGAGGGCAUCCCGGAGGACAGCGAGCGCGUCUUCCUGCAGAACAACCGCAUCACCCUCCUCCAGCAGGGCCACUUCAGCCCCUCCAUGGUCACCCUGUGGAUCUACUCCAACAACAUCACCUUCAUUGACCCCAACACCUUCCAGGGCUUCGUGCACUUGGAGGAGCUGGACCUCGGCGACAACCGGCAGCUGCGGACGCUGGCGCCCGAGACCUUCCAGGGCCUGGUGAAGCUCCAUGCCCUCUACCUCUAUAAGUGUGGGCUUAGUGCCCUGCCGGCCGGCAUCUUUGGUGGCCUGCACAGCCUGCAGUACCUCUACCUGCAGGACAACCACAUCGAGUACCUCCAGGACGACAUCUUUGUGGACCUGGUCAACCUCAGCCACCUGUUUCUCCACGGCAACAAGCUGUGGAGCCUAGGCCAGGACAACUUCCGGGGCCUGGUGAACCUGGACCGGCUGCUGCUGCACGAGAACCAGCUGCAGUGGGUCCAUCACAAGGCUUUCCACGACCUCCGCAGGCUGACCACCCUCUUCCUCUUCAACAACAGUCUCUCUGAGCUGCCGGGCGACUGCCUGGAACCCCUGGGGGCCCUGGAGUUCCUCCGCCUCAACGGGAACGCCUGGGACUGUGGCUGCCGGGCGCGCUCCCUGUGGGAAUGGCUGCAAAGGUUCCGUGGCUCCAGCUCCGCUGUCCCUUGUGUGUCCCCCGAGCCUCUGCAUGGCCAGGACCUGAAGCUGCUGAGGGCCGAGGACUUCCGGAACUGCACGGGGCCGGCGUCUCCGCACCAGAUCAAGUCGCACACGCUCACCACCACUGACAGGGCCGCCCGCAAGGAACACCACCCACCCCGUGGCCCUGCCAGGGACAAGGACCACCCGCACGGCCAUCUGCCCGGCUCUCGGUCGGGCUACAAGAAGCAGGGCAAGAACUGCACCAGCCACAGGAAUCGCAACAAGGUCUCGAAGGCGGGCACCAGGAAGCAGGCCCACGAGCUGCAGGACUAUGCCCCUGACUACCAGCACAAGUUCAGCUUUGACAUCAUGCCCACGGCACGGCCCAAGAGGAAGGGCAAGUGUGCCCGCAGGACCCCCAUCCGUGCCCCCAGCGGGGUGCAGCAGGCCUCUUUGGGCAGUUCCCUGACAGCCUCGCUCCUGGCCUGGAUACUGGGGCUGGUGGUCACUCUUCGCUGA